AUGGACGUGUGGGGCCCAGCCCGCGUCCGUGGUCAGGGUCAGGAGAGGUACUUCCUGAUAGUUGUUGACGACUACUCGCGCUACACCACGGUCUUCCCCUUGCGCGCCAAGGGUGACGUCCCUGGUGUUUUGAUCCCCUGGAUCAGCCGAGCCCGUCUCCAGCUAGCCAAGCGCUUUCACUCGGACUUUCCUGUCCUGCGCUUGCACUCUGACAGGGGUGGUGAGUUCGCCUCCGACCUCUUGGCAGCCUACUGUGCUGAGCACGGCAUUGAGCAGUCGUUCACGCUUCCGGCCUCUCCACAGCAGAAUGGGGUCGCUGAGCGCCGCAUUGGCUUGGUCAUGGAGGUCGCUCGUACCUCCCUGACCCAUGCGGCUGCUCCCCACUUUCUGUGGCCGUUUGCGGUCCGGUACGCAGCGCAUCAGCUCAACCUCUGGCCCCGUGUCUCCUUGCCGGAGACUUCCCCGACUCUACGGUGGACGGGAGAGGUUGGCGAUGCGUCGCGUUUCCGGGUCUGGGGAUCUCGAGCUUUUGUCCGCGACACGUCCGCGGACAAGCUCUCGCGUCGCGCUGUUCCCUGUGUCUUUCUUGGCUUUGUUCCCGACGCGCCUGGUUGGCAGUUUUACCACGUCACCUCGCGCCGGGUUCUGGCCUCUCAGGACGUCACUUUUGACGAGUCCGUCCCCUUCUACCGCCUCUUCCCCUACCGCACUGCCCCGCUCCCCCCCCCGCCUCUCUUCCUCGCUCCAGGUGCUGAGGUACCAGACCCCCUCCCCCCUCAGGGUGCCGCUCCCUCAGGUGUGUCCCAGGUAGACCCGGGUGAGCCUGUCGAGGUAGCUGUUGACUCGCGUCCUGCGUCUGGGGGUGCUGAGCCUGGGAGUACUGCGUCUGAGGGUGCGGAGCCUGGGGGUGCUGAGUCUGGAGGUGCGGAGCCUGGGGGUGCUGAGCCUGGAGGUGCGGAGCCUGGAGGUGCGGAGCCUGGGGGUGCUGAGUCUGGGGGUGCUGAGUCUGGGGGUGCUGAGCCUGAGCGUGCUCCACCUGGAGGAGCCCCCUCCUCCCAGCAGCUGCAGGAGAGGUACCUCGAGUACUGCCGCCUACGGAGAGGUGCUUCUGGAGCUCGUCCCGGUACUUCCCCUCCUACCCAGGAGCUCCCCCCCAUUCAGGUGAUCCGCGAGUGGUACACGCGGCGCUGCAGUCUUCGUAGUGGUGCUCCUGGUACUGCGGACCCGAGCGGUGGUGCUGUUGCUGGUGCUGAGGACCCGGACGCUGGAGCUGCUGCUGGUGCUGAGGACCCGGGGGCUGGAGCUGCUGCUGGUACUGAGGACCCGGGCGUUGGAGCUGCUGCUGGUGCUGAGGACCCGACCGGUGGCGCUGCUGCUGGUGCUGAGGACCUGACCAGUGGCCCUGCUGCUGGUGCUGAGGACCCGGACGUUGGAGCUGCUGCUGGUGCUGAGGACCCGACCGGUGGUGCUGCUGCUGGUGCUGAGGACUCGGGUGUUGGGGCUGCCACUGGUGUCCCUGCUGCUUCUGGAGACGCUGCGCGACCGCGACCGUACUUCGUACCGCUCCUUCAGCAGGUUCUUGGUCAAGCUCCUCCUCCUUGUCCUCCUCCCUCCGUCGAGUGUCCUCUGCCUGUCCAGCCGCAGUCACAGUUACCGCCUGUCUCGCCUCUCCCUGCUCCCUCCCCUUACGCUGGUCCCACAGGAGGUCUUACAGAGCGUCGUGAGCCUGAGUCUCGUCCUGCGUCGCCUGUUCGUACUGCUCGCACUGGUCGUCGUGUCCCACGUGAGCGUCCUCCUCCUGUCCCUGGCACUCACUACAUGACUCUGCGUCCCUCCACUGCUCCGCAGCGUGUCCCGCUGCCGUCUCCUCCUGCGUCCUCUCUUCCUACUCUUCCUGACCCGGAGUCUGACUCCCGUCGUGCUGCCAGUCCCACUGUUACGCGUCUCCUCGCUACAGUUGUCACUGACCCGACCUUUGAGUCCUCUGCUGCGUCUGCUCUGGUCGCUAAGUUGGUUGACUUUGCUGCUCGCUGUCGCCUAGACUACGCUGCCAGCCUUGUCGCUAGGUCUGAGUCUGCGUCUGCCUGUCCUCCGUCCGUCGGGGGUGAGUGUGCCCUCGGCACGGACGUCCUUGAGGACAGACAGGAGGAGUUCCACUGCCUUGCUGCUGCUUUGCCCCGUCUCGUGUCCUUGCUAGUUGCCCCUGAGGGAGACCCGGAUGCACCAGACAUCCCGACCCCACGCUCUUACGCUGAGGCGAUGGCGGGUCCCUACUCCUCUCAGUGGCAGACAGCCAUGGACGCAGAGAUGGCCUCCUGGAAGUCCACAGGCACCUACGUAGACGAGGUUCCCCCUCCUGGGGCGAACAUCGUCAGUGGCAUGUGGAUUUUCAGGGUGAAGCGGCCGCCGGGUUCUCCACCUGUCUUCAAGGCGCGCUACGUGGCUCGAGGCUUCAAUGACUACUCUUCGGGUGCUGCUGCACAUAGCCGCUCACCGCGACUACGAGCUUCACUCUCUUGA